AUGUCUUCUCUGUUCCAAAACAUCCAAUCGUCCACACAGAAUGUGAACUCGGUGCUGACUCACGAGCUCGACAACCCCGUCUUCAACUCGCUGUUGACCAUCGCCCUGGUUCUCUAUGGCGGUCUGGCCGCUCCCGCGCUGCCUCAGUCGAUCCAAAACCUCUUCAACAAGGUCUGGUUCAAGCUCCUCAUCAUGUUCCUCAUCGUCUGGACCGCCUCGCACGACAAGGUACUCGCUCUCGCGCUGGCCAUCGCCUUCUAUGCCUCGCUCAACGUCAUCAUGAACAAGCAGCCCUUUGAGCUGUUCGAACCUUCGUCCACCCUCGUGGCUUAG